AUGCACAGCGGUAACAUUGUUAGAGCAUUCCUUUUUUCUGCUCUCGCGCAUGGAUAUGCAAGCCCGCGGGGUUGUUCGGGGGCAUGCAAUGUGCAUGACCCGACGUUGAUUCAAAGGUCAUCCGACGAUCGGUAUUUCCGAUUCUCGACUGGCAACAAGAUUUCAUACGCGAGCGCAUCCUCCAUCAAUGGCCCAUGGACUACUAUUGGAUCCAUGCUCCCAAGUGGAUCUUCGAUUGAUCUUCCUGGGAAUGAGGAUCUAUGGGCCCCCGAUGCUCACGUUGUGAAUGGUCUGUACCAUGUCUAUUACUCUGUAUCGACGUUCGGCUCACAGAAUUCGGCUCUUGGGCUCGCCACAUCGGCUACCAUGGAGUCGGGCUCUUGGACUGACCAUGGCAGCACUGGCAUUGCCUCUUCGUCUUCCAAGCCAUACAAUGCUAUCGAUGGCAAUCUCUUCAACAAUGGCGGCACCUACUACAUGAACUUUGUUUCUUUUUGGCAUGAUAUAUAUCAAGCUCCAAUGAACUCGGAUGCCACCAAAGUCUCAUCCGCGUCGUACAAUCUGGCGUAUGAUCCAUCUGGAACACAUGCCAUAGAAGGGGCUUAUAUGUAUCAAUACGGAAGCUAUUACUUCCUCUUUUACUCUGCCGGGAUUUGUUGUGGGUACGAUACGUCUCGCCCCGAGCGCGGAGCAGAAUAUAAAAUUAAGGUCUGCCGUUCGACCUCGGCCACUCACGGAUUUGUCGACAAAACUGGCACCGCUUGUGCCAGUGGAGGCGGGACGAUUGUUCUGGAAAGUCAUGGCACCGUUUACGGUCCAGGUGGACAGGGGGUUUAUACCGAUCCUACUCUUGGCCCAAUACUUUAUUAUCACUAUGUUGAUACGACCGUGGGCUAUGCGGAUGGUGAGAAACUUUUUGGGUGGAAUACGAUCGAUUUCUCAAGUGGAUGGCCGGUGGUCUAA